AUGACUACUUUUAGUGAAGACGACAAUGAUCGCUUUCUACAGUUAAUGAGCAAAUUGGAAGAUGGUCCUAAACGAUUUCAGAUGGUUAUAUCCUACAGAAAUUUCUUAACCAUUGAUGAAAAACGAUUUAUUAUCAAUAUGGCUCCAUAUUAUAACAAAUCGACCGCAAUACGUGAUAAAGUGUGUUGGAAAGAGUUAAGGAAUGAUUUGCGAAUGAAGUACGGCCAUCUUCACCCAAUUAAAAGGAUUAGAAAUGUUUGGUAUAAUAGAAAAAAACGCUACUACAGAGCUGCAAGGGCUGCAAAAAAGACCGCCAAAACUGCAAGUGACACCGUCGAUCCUCCUUCUAUCGUUCUAGAUGUUACUUCCCGAAUUUCUAUUGCUUCUCUUUUGAAUCCUUGA